AUGGAUAUGGAACAAUGGAUGAUUGAAAUUCCGAGGAAGCUUGAGGUGGUAUACAAGGAGAAAUUGGAGACCACUUAUGCUGUUGAAAUUCACACCGAUGCUAUAUCACUUAGAUACUCUGAUGGUUGGUUUGUCUGGCCUCCCUCCACUGAUUUCUUAUACAUUGAAAUUAAAUAUACUAUUUGGUUGCCACUGAUAUAUAAUGUCUGUCGUUUAUGUUUUCCUGGCAUUUCUUCGGUUUUGUUGUCUAAUGAAGUAGUUGAUGACCAUCUGGAGGCUGCACUGGAAAAGAUGGCGGUGGAGAUGGGGGAAAAAGCCUGUGUGAAAUUGAGACUUGAUCUAGACACGAAUGCGGAAGAGAAGGCUUUGGAUUUUGACGAAUACUCAUUGUGUCGUGCACUUGUUGAAUGGGAGGAAAUCAAUAGAGAGAAGGAUUCUGCUAAGAAGCUUUGGAUUCCUCAUACACAGUCAUGCUGGAAAAAACGUACCAAAUUUUGGUUUCACGAUUACAGGAGAUGGAAGGUUCGAAUGGUAGCGAGUCCUCUGACUGGGAUCCCUGUUUCAUGGCUUCUUCAUUUUCCAGAGCCGCCACUUCAGGGCCUCGAACCAAGACUUGCUGAAGGGAUAAUUGGACAAGAACAUGUUCCAUUUGUUAUUAGCAACGCAUUGUCAAGGCGUAGAGAUGGUUCUUGCCCAAUUGGAUCAUUUCUAUUUUUAAAUGGCCUUGCACCGGGAUGGAAAGAGAUUGCCCAAGCUCUUGCCAAGCAACUUUUUGAUGACAAAGAAAGGUUUAUAGAAAUCGACUUGUCAAAUUACUCAGACUCAGAAUCUGUUACACGCCUCUUUGGUUUUCCCUCCAGUUCCUCUUAUCAUGAAGGUUGUUCCACAGAAGGUCUGCUCACAAAAAUUGUGAGGCCUUAUAACGUAGUGUUGUUUGACAAUGUUGACAAGGCUCAUGCUUCUGUUAUUGAUGUUCUGAUUGAGAUCAUUAGCCACGGCAGAGUAUCAAAUGACCAAGGAAGCACCCCUGACUUCACCAAAACACUGAUUAUUAUGACAUCGAAUGUUAUGGAUGGUAAAGUCCAAUUGUGGCACUGCAAAUGCGCAGAGAGGAUUCGAGAACACUCGCUGAAAGACUUACCAUCUCCUGGUCCGUUUCAAAUAGGGCAUCGAUGCAUCUAUUUUGAUCUUCUGAGGGAGGCUAGAGAACAUUUUGGAGAGAAGUUGUUUCAAAAACUGGAUGAUGUGAUUUUCUUUAAGCAACAUCGUUUUGAGCAAUAUAUGGCUGCUACCAGGCUCCAGCUCAGGGAAAUAGCCAUGAGGACCAUGACCGAGAAAAGACUGAUUUUAUACCCAUCUGAUGCUGCACUCCAUCAUAUUUGUGCACGCCAAAUUGGCAUCAAAUGUGUGGAUAUGCUAUGAGGUUUUGGCUAGAGAAGAAUUUGGUCCCUUUGUUAGCUGAUAUGCUUGCAAAAAAUGAGAUAGAUGAUAUGGCCACGAUUUACAUUGAUGCACUGGUGGGAAAACAGGAGUUGUCUUUAAGAUUGGAGAAAGAUGGCUAUCCAGCGGAAAAUCUUUUUAUGAUGCAGUGCAGAAAAUCUUUAAGGGAAUUAAGAGCUAUGUAUCUGAAAGAGAAAGAACGAGUCAACAAGAUCUACUUGUUAAGAAGAAAUUUGUUUGAACUGAUGAAUUUACUAGAUGCAGAGGCUAGUGCAGAUAUGGACUGUGUUGCAAAGGUUGCUCAAGCGCUGGUUAAGACAUUAGAUUAUAUCAGAAAAAAUGCAAUUGAAGUCGACAUUAUGCUCAAUGAGUACAAAAUGGUUAAUGGGAACUCCUUAAAUGAGGAAGUUGAGCUUAAGCAGAGUGAAAGUCUUAGCAAGAGGUCUAAGAGUGAAGUGCAGGGACUUAAGAUGAGAUUGAGUGGAGUGGUGGGACAACAUCAGGCAGUUGAUGUUGCAUUAGAUACUCUACUGAAUUCUAUUGAUGCACAGCAUGAUCUACCACAUCGACCUAUUUUUAUUCCUGUUCUUGGGUGUCACGGGAGCUGGUGAAGCAGAUCUAGUUGACUGUCUUGCUAAGCAUCUCAUUGCUGAUGAUGGGAUGAACCUGCUUAUUCAUAUUGACUUGUCUGAAUACACAGAAUCAGAUUCAGUUUUCCUGUUCUUAAAUGGACCGUUGGAUCUUCCGUAGUAACAUUACUUGUUAUUGUCACUUGGUUGUUUGAAAUGUUUAAAUUACCCGUGUGUAUGUUUCAUUCUAUUGUUACCACAUGACUGAUCACUUUUAUGGUAUAUUUGGAUAGUGGCCCUGAGCAACAUGGUUCGUCA